AUGGGUUCUCUACUCCAGGGCCUGCGGAGGCUCUACUCACUGGACACGCUCGACACUCGUUUAACCACUUCGUCCACUGCUCCUACUAAAGCCGCUAACUCAGACUCGACGCGAGAUGGCAAAGAUGCUCGAGCACAAGAGAUUGCCUCCAGAGCUCAGCCAUCAAGAUGGAACACACCAGAAUUCUAUUUUUACUAUUUUGUGUUCAUUACUGUGAUUCCGAUGAUGUUCAAGACAGUCAUCGAUGUCUCACAGCCUGAUCACCCUGCAUAUGCGACCUAUGUUGAUUUGUUAUCUCCCGGAUGGAUUCCAGGACGCAAAGUCGACAACUCCGACGCUCAAUACUCCAGCUUCCGCGACAAUAUUCCCUACCUUUUCAUCCUCUUAAUCAUCCACCCUCUCCUUCGCCGAGCAUAUAAUUACUUCAAUCCUGUCCCCACAGCAUCACCAAGCGAAGGACGCAAGCAACUCAACAUCGCCGCCGACGCCCGGCUGAAACAACGUGCCGUCUUUGAUUUCUACUUUGCGAUUAUUUUCCUGAUCGGACUUCAUGGAAUAUCCAUUUUCAAGAUCUUGACGAUCCUUUAUAUCAACUACAAAAUCGCCAAAGGGCUGCCGCGAUCGUAUAUUCCAGCCGCAACAUGGAUAUUCAAUUUGAUUGUUCUGUUUGCUAAUGAGUUGUGUGAUGGAUAUCCUUUGGCAAGCAUUGCGAGAUUUUUCGUGUCGUCCGAGGUCGCAGCGGCAAAGACAGUACCCACGUUGGUCGCGUGGGCAGAAUUCUUGGAUGGACUCGGAGGAUUGAUGCCGCGGUGGCAGAUUCUGUUCAAGUUUACAAUCCUGCGCUUGAUCAGUUUCAAUAUGGACUAUUACUGGAGUCUGAGUUACCCUUCGGACAGUCCUAUCGAGAAGCAAAUUGAUCCAUUCUCAAUGUCCGAGCGGGAUCGUUCUACAAUACCAGCAGAACCAUCUGCAUAUAAUGCAUUAUAUUACACUGCUUAUGUGUUGUACUCUCCUCUCUAUUUGUCGGGACCAAUCGUCAACUUCAAUGACUACAUAUCCCAGCAGCGACAUCCCUCACCUGCCCUAACACCAACACGAAACUUGUUAUAUGGAAUCCGCUUCUGCCUGACUUUGCUGUGUAUGGAAUUGAUACUCCACUUCAUCUACGCAGUGGCCAUCUCAAAGUCAACGAGUGACUGGUCAAUUUACACACCCGGUCAACUCAGUAUGCUAGGCUAUUUCAAUCUCCAAAUCAUCUGGCUGAAGCUAUUAAUUCCAUGGCGACUGUUCCGGCUGUGGGCUCUCCUCGACGGUAUCGACCCGCCUGAGAAUAUGGUUCGAUGCAUGUCGAAUAAUUACUCUGGGUUAGCGUUCUGGCGCUCAUGGCACCGAUCAUACCAUCUCUGGGUUCUCCGAUAUCUUUACUUCCCAUUAGGCGGCGGCCGUCGAUCAUCCAAAUCGACCAAAGACUCAUCACCACCACCACCAACAUCGUCACUUCUGUCCCGAGCCCGCGGUAUCUUCAACCAAUUAAUCGUCUUCACCUUCGUCGCCGUCUGGCACGACAUCAACCUCCGCCUCCUCAUGUGGGGAUGGCUAAUCACAUUAUUCGUCCUCCCCGAAGUCAUCGCCAAAUACAUUUUCCCAGCAUCGCGCUGGCGUUCUCGCCCAAACCUAUAUCGCGUGAUCUGCGGUAUCGGUGCCGUAGGCCCUAUCCUGGCUAUGAUGACGGCAAAUCUCGUGGGAUUUGCACUAGGAGUGGAUGGAUUGAAAGGGUUUUUGGCGGGGAUAUUGGGCUCAUGGACAGGCGCCGGUUUCAUGCUCGGUGCUUGUGGGGCGUUGUUUGUGGGAAUUCAGGUUAUGUUUGAGAUUAGGGAAAGCGAGCAGCGGAAGGGCAUCAAGUUGAGUUUUUAA